AUGGUGCUACAGAGCGGAGAAACCAAACCCCUCCCCUCGUACAUGCUCUCCCUGCGCGACCCCGCCGACGAAACCAACGACCUCGGCCGCAAAGGCAUAGCCAUCAAGCACGUGCAAGCCACCUUCCGCGAUCUCCACAAGAACCUCCUCCUCGACGUGAAAUUCAACAAGCGAGCCUCCAUACUCAGCCCUCUCGUAGGCGCGUCCUACAUGCUGCAACUCGAGCGUCGCAGAAAACUACAAAACUACGGUCGCGAGUGGGUGGAGAGGGAACAAAAGGACCUUGCGAAACUGGCAAAGGAGGUUAGAGAGGGUGGAUGGCAGAGUGUAGUAGACGCAGUAGACGAAGAGGUGCUGAAGGACUCUGUGGAGGAGGAUGUGGAGGAGAAUACGCUGAAGAUGAUGGAAGAGGAAGAGGCCAGGCUGCGAUUAGCCAAGGAAGAGCGGGAUAGGGAGUGGAAGAGGCUGGCCGAGGAGAAGACUCGGCGGUUGAAGGAAGAAGCGCAGAAUAUGUCGAUACUAGACCAUGGUGAUACCAUGUCUUCGAUCUUGGGUAUGGGUAUGCCUGCAGUGGAGGGUCCGCAGACAAGUAAAGAUGGUGUAGACGGACAAGGCGACGAGGCGAAGAAGGCCUAG